UCGUAUUGUAGAGAACAGUUCUAGUAGAACUGUUGAAGUGUGAGGUAAACGUUACAUUAUAGAACGCAAGCUGAUUUGUAGCAAUCUGCAGCGCGCGGAUUGAAAUUUAUGGAGAGAGAUAGCGGUUAUACGCGAAACAUUUACACCUCAAUGCUUUAAAUAAAUACUAGUUUUUAUAAUAAUAACUUUGCCUGAUAUAGCAAAUAAAUAAUGGUUAUGCAUUUAGUCAAGGAGAAAUAUAUUGUGGAACGAAACAAACGACGUGUACGGACGAACUUGGCAUUUGAUGUAGGCUACAAAAAUACCCCCACAAAGAUCCUUUAUUUGAUUUGGAUCAUAUCAGGAGACGAUGAGAUUAUUUACAUUAUAACAUGCACGUGUAUAUGAAAGGAAUUAAAAAUCCUCAUCCCUGCAUAGUCCACAGAGAGAUUAUUAAAGGUUCUAUUUUCGCUGGGAUGCCAGAUCCCGCGUUAAAAAACAGACAAUCUGGUUUAGGGUAAUGGAUAUUUUCGAUAAAUAUAUCCCAUAUAGAUAAAUAGUAUGCAUUGUUUAGGUAUAGCCUAUGUAUAUACUCACAUAUACAUAAUGUGAAUAAUCCCAAAAAACAACGCAUAACUGUGAAAAUCCAAGCCAAAUGUUGCUUACAAUAAACAGGCAUGGCAACACAGAAUUUACAGGAGAGCUCUGGGAGAGACAACCCUCCCUCUUGACGUCAGACGAGAGAGAGAGAGAGCGCGAGAGAGAGCUCAAAAUAAACUCAAACUUCAUCAUCAUUCCGUGUGGCCACAGCAGAGGAAAGAUCUGCUUGGCCCUUAUAAGACUACAGACCCUAUUUCUGUCAAUAUUUGUUGUGAGGUUUUUGGGUGAUUUUAAAACGAUUCGUUUUGGAGUUCUCGGUAUGGGAUCGGAGAGGAUGUGAGAAAAAGAGGAUGGCAUAUCUAUGAAAUAUUCGCUGAAAUCCGAAUAUUUAUGUGACCGUUUAGUGGAGUGUUUUUUUGUUUUACACGGAAACAACGCAACAUUAUUUAGGAAUAUCACGGUUGUAGCUGAUAAUUAUUUUUUCUACACAUAUUUUGGCAAACUUUUUUUGUUCUGAUGCCCGCUGCGCCGGAAUGCAAGCUGUCCCAUCAUGGCCGGAUCAUGAAAUGUGUUACUUUUUUACUCUUGCUCCCAGAAACGUUAAAGAAGUUGAAGCGGGAAAGCAAGCACCCCGGCAGACUGUCUCUGUGCUAUAACAUCUUAACUCUUUCCUUGAAGAAAAGGAUGGCAGCGGAACUGUACCCCGUGAACGAUCACGCCACAGUGCAGAAGAACGGGACUGUGAUGCUGAGUCUGCCAGAGAAGAAGAGGAGCGUGGAGCCGGUUGCGCAGUCCACCGCGUCCAUCGCCACCUCACCGACCACAGAGCAAAACAUCAACAACAACAACGUGGAGAUUCCCAGCUGGCACUCCGCGCACCCUACUUUACGCGAAAGAAAUGCACUAAUGUUCAAUAAUGAACACAUGGCAGACGUUCAUUUCAUUGUUGGUGCACCCGGUGAAUCAGAAAGGGUCCCGGCACACAAGUAUGUGCUGGCAGUGGGGAGCUCUGUUUUCUGUGCCAUGUUUUAUGGGGAUCUCGCAGAAGGAGACUCUGAUAUCCAUAUUCCAGAUGUGGAACCCGCUGCUUUUCUCAUCCUACUCAAGUACAUGUACAGUGAUGAGAUAGAGCUGGCGGCCGACACAGUACUGGCUACGCUUUACGCUGCCAAGAAAUAUCUGGUGUCUGCUCUGGCUCGAGCAUGUGUGGGUUUCCUCGAGACGAGCCUGGAGGCGCGAAAUGCAUGUGUGCUGCUAUCUCAAAGUCGGCUGUUUGAGGAGCCGGAGCUCACUCAGAGGUGUUGGGAAGUGAUAGACGCCCAGGCAGAGCUUGCGCUGCGCUCGGAAGGUUUCACUGAGAUUGACUUGCCCACACUAGAACACAUUUUACAAAGGGAAACUCUGAACUUGAAGGAGGCGGUGGUUUUCCAGGCCAUUCUGGGAUGGGCCGACGCAGAGUGUCGGAGACAAGGCCUAAGCCCCACUUCACAGAACCAGCGCUCCGUGCUGGGGAAGGCUUUGCACCAUGUGCGUCUGCCUUCAAUGACACUGCAGGAAUUUGCAGAUGGACCUGCGCAGUCGAACAUUUUAACCCUUGAGGAAACGCACAGCAUCUUUCUCUGGUACACGGCUGCUACGAAACCUGCGCUGGGAUUCCCAGUUGCACCCAGAAAGGGGCUGACGCCUCAACGCUGUCACCGUUUCCAAUCCUCCGCGUACCGAAGCAACCAGUGGCGCUAUCGCGGACGCUGCGACAGUAUCCAGUUCGCUGUGGACAAACGCGUGUUUAUCGCCGGACUUGGUCUGUAUGGCUCCAGCGGAGGGAAAGCGGAAUACAGCGUCAAAAUUGAACUAAAGAGACAAGGAGUGCUUCUGGCACAAAACUUGACCAAAUUUGUGUCAGACGGUUCUAGUUCAACAUUCCCCGUGUGGUUCGAGCACCCGGUACAAGUGGAGCAGGACGCGUUCUACACUGUUAGCGCCGUUCUAGAUGGGAGCGAGCUGAGUUAUUUUGGACAGGAAGGAAUGACAGAAGUCCAGUAUGGGAAAGUCACCUUUCAGUUUCAGUGUUCCUCUGACAGCACUAACGGGACAGGGGUGCAGGGGGGACAGAUUCCGGAGCUGAUAUUUUAUGCAUGAAAACUUGGACUGAUCCAUUAAUGAAGAGACAGCAGGGAGAUUUUUUCCUCUCGAAUAAAUGCCUUUACUCACAACAUAGCUGCAAGACACUACUAGAAGAGGAGACUAUCCCCUCCGAUUCGAUUUUUUACGUCUCACAUAUAACGGAAUGCUGCCCAAACUUAUUUAUUUCUUUAAACAUACUGUUUUAAAACAUGUACUUUAAUUUAAGCACAUUUUAUUUCUAAUUAUUCAUAAUCUGCCUGUGUACAGUGAAACAUGGGCAGUUUGCACUUGAAACUAGGCAGCUUUUCCUCUGUCUUGUUAUUUAAUGUUUUUUUUUUGUUGACAGCUUGAUGCUGAGUGACCUAAAGAGGGUUUCAAGAGCCUGCAAAAUCAUAAAAUAUUUGUUUCUAUUCAUCAAACAGCAUUUCGUUUUCUUUUGUCUAAUGCACAGUUAUAAGCCCUAUACUGUUUCACUCUGGGUAAAAUAUGACCUUUCAAAACCUUAAAAAUGAAAAGUCUGUCAUCAUUUACUCAUUCUUAUGUCAUUCCAAACUUUAUUGACUGACUGAAUUCUUAAAACACAAAAGACAAUAUUUUGAAGAAUGUUUCAGCUAUUUUGCCCAUAUAAUGAAAGUAAAGUGUUCAAAAUAACAUUGAAACCCACUGACUUUCAUUGUAUGGACAAAAAAAAACGAACUCUUUUUUUUUUUUUUUAAUCCAGACACAAAAGAAAAUCAUUGAAGUUUGAAAUUACAUGAGGGCAAUAAAUUAUGUCAGAAUUUU